CACGUUGCUGCCAUCUGCCGCCGUCGGUCUUGAAAAAGUGGCGCACUGUCGCUUUGCUCAACGACAAAGUUUGCAUUUCCUCAACUUAAAUAAUUGAAACGCAUGUUUGACGCGCACUGAGCUCGACUCAAUUGCGGUAUAAUAGGCUGUCAGUAGGCUGGUACCUCGGCGACGCAUCUGCGGCAUCCCAUUGCCGAAAGGAUUGUGUAAUCAUGUUUAACAACAAAACCACCUUUGGGCAAAACCCGUCCUCCUCUACGUUUGGUUUUGGCGGCGCCCCAACCAGCUCCACCCCGUUUGGCCAGAGCGCGUUCAGCAAGCCAGCGACUGCAAACCCAGGGUUCCAAUCGACAGGGUUUGGCUCAACAGGCAGCACCCUGUUCGGUGGCACAACUGCUCAAGCCACACCUGGUCUUUUUGGAGGCACUCCAGCGCCUGCAUUUGGACAGCAGCCUCAGCAGCAACAGCAGUCAGCCUUCUCGGGAUUCAACACUGCUGGCUCAAGCUCUCUGUUUGGCAGUAACUCGGCCUCCACUUUCGCCCAGCCGAAACCUGCUUUUGGAGCGUUUGGUGCCUCUACCCAGUCUUCUGGGCUCUUUGGCAGCCAGCCCGCCGUAUCUACGGCUACCUCUAGCGCAUCCCUCUUUAACAAUCAACCAACUGGUGGUCUCUUUGGCAGCUCAGGAGGAUUCGGCGCGUCUACAAACAACAACAAUGUGAUCGGUACGCCAAUCAAGUUCAACCCCCUGGCGGGCACUGACACAAUGGUGAAGAACAAUCAGACAACCACAAUAAGCACUCGCCAUCAGUGCAUCACAUGCAUGAAAGAAUAUGAGAACAAGUCGCUAGAAGAGCUGCGCAUGGAAGAUUUGCAGGCAGGCAGAAAGGGGCCCCAGCAAGGGAGUGGCCUCUUUGCUGGCUCUACGCAGCAGCAGCCGCAGCAGCAGACGUCGUUGUUUGGUGGAGCUACCCUGGGCCAGCCAUCCACCUCAUUCGGUGAUAAAUCUCUCUUUGGAGCCACGCCCACCUCCAGUACUGGCCUCACCAAUACCUUUGGAGGCACAACAGCGUUUGGCUCUACAGCUCAGGCCAAUACUGGUCUCUUUGGCAAACCCACGACUUUUGGGGCGCCUGCCUCAACAGCUUCAACUAAUUUUGCUUUUGGUGGAACCAAUAACAACAACUCAGCAAAUCCAUUUGGCGGUGCUACUCAGAAGACAUUUGGCAAUACUGGAAGCACUCUUUUUGGCGCUCAGCAGCCAACAUCUCUUUUUGGCGCCACUCCCACAACCAACACGGGCUUUGGCUUUGGCGCUCAGCAGCCACAGCAGCAACAACAACAACAGGGUAUUGGGCUGUUUGGUCAAAAGCAAACAACCACGCCGUUUGGUAUGGCUGCCCCUCAACCAGUGUCUCAACCUGGUUUUGGAUUUGGACAGAACACAGCAACCAAUACACAAAAUUUGUUUGGUAACAAACCUGCAAUGGGCACUGGCCUGGGCACUACUUUUGGCGGCGCCACCAGCUCGCCGUUCGGAGCGAAACCUUUAGGCACCACUCCAGCACCCGCAUUUGGAUCGGCCUUUGGCGGUCAGCAGCAGACUAAUGCCUUGGGCGGAGGUACUUCGCUCUUUGGUCAGAGCAAACCGGCAGGCACGACCCCCAACUUUGGCUUCGGCCAGCCGCAGCAGACGCUGGCGUUUGGUGGAGCAGGGCUUUCUGCCAACAAUAAUCCUUUCGGUGCCAAGCCGGCCGCGCCCACUAGCCUCUUUGGCGGUGGUGUCAUGUCAGCAGGCCUGUUCAGCAACCCGUCAGCCGCACCUGGCACGGGUCUAUUUGGUGCCUCCAACUUUGGAACUGGCUCAACUGGUCUAACACUUGGCCAAGGUGGCUCAUUAGGACUCAACACCGCCAAGCCCUUUGGUGGUUUUGGUGCCCCUCUUGGUGGUCAAGCCAAUGCUGCAGCCUCUCAGAGUCAAGCGGCCCACCAGCACAUCUUGGCCCUAACCGCCUACCCAUAUGGAGACCAGCCACUCUUUAGGAAUCUGCCAAGUGACAAAGUUGAAGAGCUGCGAAUGAAAGCGACGAAUCCAAUGGCACAGAAAGCGGCCAUCUCGCAGUCGCCAUCCUUCACUGUGUCGUCGACGGCGUCUCCUAAGCUUCCAGUAAAGCCUUCUGGUGCGGCCUCAUCGACCAAAAGCUCGUUAUUUGAGGGUCUAGAAGCUAGCAGUCCUCUGGUGUCAGCUGGGGGCGGCUCAUACAAGCACUUGGCCGCCGCUAUCACGCCGAAGAGCAGCAUUAAGUUGCUCAAGAUCCGGCCGGACGGUAACACGUCUAGAGGCAGUCUCACUGGAGACACAACGCAGGGGUCUCAGUCCACUCCUGUCAGCACGUUCCGAAGUGCCACCACUAAGUUCAAGGACAUAUUACCUGGAGGCACUGCAGCAUCCUCAACUCCUAAAGCAGCAACAUCAAAAGCAUCAGAUAAUGCCAACAAGGAGAAUGAGCAGUCUGAUGAUUUGAACGACUCUCUGGCUGAUCCAAGGGCAGUCAGGAAAUUGGCUCUUGAGGAGAGUCAAGGCCCUCUUAAUGCUACUGACGCCUCUAUAUGCAUCUCUGAAAUAAGCGACGGUGGAGAGGAGGAUGGCCAAGGCGAAGAUCAAACAGUGCCGCACCCUGCUGGAAUUAUCAUGCGCAGGGCUGGAUACUACACCAUGCCCUCUUUGUCAGAGCUGGCCAAACUGUUUGAGGAGACUGGGAAGUGUGUCGUGUCAAAUUUCUUGAUAGGUCGACUCAACUAUGGCAACAUAUUCUUUGAUGAGCAAAUGGACGUCGCUGGGCUUAAUUUAGACGAAAUUGUGCACAUAAGACACAGAGAGGUAGUGGUGUAUCCCAAUGACGAGGAGAAGCCUGCUCUGGGUCAGGGAUUAAACCGAAAAGCGCAAGUGACCCUGGACCGCAUCUUUCCAACUAACAAACAAACACGUGCCCCCAUAAGGGACGUGGAUACCAUUCUGAACAUGGACUAUGAUACCACACUUAGGAAGGCCUGCAUCAAGAUGAAGGCCCGCUUCAUUGAAUAUCUCCCAAACAACGGUUCCUGGGUCUUCAAGGUUGACCACUUUUCAAAGUAUGGCUUGCCAGAUGAGUCUGAUGAUGACGAUGAUAUGGUUAUUGGCGAGACAUCAAGGGCCCUGCCUCCAGCGCAGGUGCCAGUGCCUCCAAAGCCCCCUGUGGUGCAGGCGGCCCAGCAGCCACCAGUGCCACCCAAGCCAACACAUACCCUCUCCGACUCACACACCAUUUUUGGCACAUCAAUGAACUUCUCCAAUGUGGAAGGCAUGGAAGAAGACUACACCGAAAUUCUGUCACCAAGCGAACACAUGCCCAGGCUCACUGGAAUGGACACGAGCAAAAUUAGACUGAUGAAGGCUUCCCUCUUUGAAAAUGAGGACUCCUUUUUUGAUGAGAAAAUGGCAGAGGAAGAGUUCACCUUUGAAAAACCAGCUUCACCGGGAUUGGUUCGUGGAAUCGCCAUCGUUCCCCAGGAACUGGAGAUGACGCUUGCUGUACCAGAGAAAGAGGCGCGACCAAGCCGUCCUCACCAGCGUCCUGCUAUUGUAACGCCCAAGACAAUGCCCUUUCCAGUCACGUUGCCUGAUGGUCUUGCUGACUGCGCCUUGGACGCGGCGCUCUUCCACGGUAGCUGCGCUAAGAGCAGCUGGACUGCCAGGGGUGCUACCGUCACCACUUGUGACCAGCAGGUCACCCUAACCUGUCCAUACCUUGCAAGCAAUGCCAAGAAGGAGUUGAUUGAGGAGCACCUUGGUGUGCAGCUGCGCCUAAGCAACCUCAACCGUGAGGAUGGCCAAAUUCCAAGGUGCACCCCUCAAGAAGGCCGCGACCUCUUGAUCUCGCACUGCGAUCUGGUGGCCAACCGCAGACCAACCAGUGCGAAGGAGAGGAUGGCGCGUCAGGUGCUGCAGUUGUGCAACACCUUAUGGGGCGAUUUGAGUUCUAACCCGACGCCUGCCGUCGAAUCACACCUGCGCAGGCAGGCGGUCUGUGAAUGGCUGCAGACAGUCAUCUGCGAGGAGGAUGCUGCCAGUCCAACGCCGGCGGAAUCGCACGAGGCGAGGGUCCUGAAGCAACUGGCCCAGGGUAAACUGCUUGAGUGCGUGAACGCGUGCCAGGAGGUUGGCGACCAUUUCCUUUCGCUUCUGGUUGCCUCCUCAGGGUCAGCUGCUCAUCCAAAGCAGAUGGUUCUAAGACAGUUUCAUGACUGGGUGUCUAUUGGCGUGUCAAGACACCUGAAUGAGGAUCGGCUGAGGGCGUGGCUGCUGUGCGGCGCGGGCCAGCCAGUGCUUGCUCAGGAGGAUGGAGCGGCUCUAAACGCACUGCAGGGCCUACCCUGGCUGUGCGCUCUGGCGGCGCACGCCUGGUACCUGUGCAGUCCAGCAGCCAGCGUUCCCGACAUUCUGGCAAAGUAUGAGUCCACCUUCCAGUCGGAGAGCCCCUUUGCUGCCGCCCCCGUGCCUCCUGGGGGCUCUGAGAUUCACCUCGACCUGCGAUACCAACUACUCAAACUCUUCAGCCAGCGAACUUAUCCUCUUGAGGGUCUGCUCAGCGUUGAAACGCACUACCCUGACUCCCCGCUUGACUUCUCACUCAGCUGGCUGCUGCUGGAGCUCUUGGAUUCACUCCACUACACACAUGUGAGCGAUCAUUGCUCACAGAGUUUGCACCUGGCGUUCGCAGAGCAGCUGGAAGCUAUCGGCCUCUGGCAUUGGUCAGUCUUUGUCCUUCAGCACAUCAUCAACCCUAAAAUGAGGCAGAGCGCGGUGGAGAGCGUAAUCCUACGGCAUGUCAUGCCUAACGCAAAUGUUGCUCCUAAGGUUCUUUCCCAAAAAGAAGACUUCUUGGUGCACAAACUGGGGAUUCACGCCAGUUUGAUUUACAGUUCCAAAGCCACUCACCUCAAAAGCACUGACAGAAACGUGGAAAUGGCCUUUUACCACUUGUACGCUGAAGAGUGGAAUGAAUGCUACCAGACAGUGAUCUGCCAUUUGUCAGCAGACGCGGUCAUCAAUGAUGACUUCAAAGAAGUGUGGGAGUUGCUGAGGGAGCUGCAGAGACACUCGCACGAGAUUGAUGAGUGGCACGGCCAUGGCCAGAUUGUACUCAACUUCCUGAACUUGGUGGAAGAGCUGGCCGCCCUCAGGUACACCUCAGCUGAGGGCAAGUUGGAAGCCAUCUCGCAGAAAGUGGUGGUCACCCUCAACCAUCUCAAGCUUAUGCCUUGCUCCUCGCCCAAAGAAAGAUUAUGUCAGUCUGAAAUGGCACACAAGUUGUUUGAUUUGGCGCAUGCCAUCAUUCUUGCGCACCGCGAUCCAAGGGUCAGCGCCUCCGAGGACUACCGUCUGCUUGAACUGGACAAGUGCAUCACUCACUUUGUGUAUAGAGACAACGACCCAGUCAAAAAGUGACUUACAAAUUGUUGCGUGUAAAUAUCAGAUUAUAGCGAAUGUCAAGCUGUAAUACUGUUUAAUUCCUUUAAGUUGUGUCUUCCUUUGUUGUUGGCAUGUACAUUAUACAUAUUAUGCUAUUUUUGUAAGAAAAUAAGACAACAUGCAUAAAAGAUUACAUUUUUUGUUCAGUUGGGUCUCUGUUACCUAUAAAUUGUACACCAAGACAAUGAAAAUUUUCCGGAUGAAAAUAAAAAGCAGUGUUAUUCUUA